AUGUUAAAUAUACUGAGUGUGGGAAAAGCUUCCAGGAGAGUCCCCCACCCCCUUACAACUCAUCAGAGACUCCACAGAGGAGAGACACCCUACAGAGGUAAGGUGUGUGGGAAAAGCUUCAGUGCCAACACGGACCUCGUUAACCACCAGAGAACCCAUGCAGGAGAGAGACGCUACCAGUGUGCUAAGUGCGGGAAAGGCUUUGGUCGGUGUUCUCAUUUUAUCAAGCACCAGAGAACCCACUCGGGAGAGAAACCCUACACUUGUAAGGAGUGUGGGAAAAGCUUUAUCCAGAGCUCAGACCUCCUGAGACACCAGAUAACUCACAAGUGUGAGAGACCCUAUAAAUGCCCCCAGUGCGGGAAAAGCUUCAGCCAGAGCUCACACCUUGUUAGGUACCAGAGAAUCCACAAAGGGGAAAGCCCCAACAGAUGUACACAGCAUGGGGAAAGCCUCCGAAACAAAGCGCUUCUGUUAUUGCAUCUGAGUCUCCACGUUGAGUAGAAAUCAGGGGGGCAGCUGCAUUUUUAGAUGCAUCAGUCACUCUUCCAAUUAACAAAAUACAUUUUCUGGAGCAUUGAGCAUUGGAGGGAGAGCAAACAUGUUCCUGAGGUUACUGCUCAUUUGGGGAUUGGGUGUUCUGAACAUUGGCUAGUAAGAACUCGAAGCAUGAGGGAGGGUGGAGCUGUCAUACUAAAAGACUGGAUGCUUGUAGAGGGAGUGGUAAGAAGUAAAGUGAAGAGAAAGCAGAGAACAGACACUGGAUGAUCAGUCAAGUUGUGGGGAGUGAUUCUGAACAGGAGACUAGCAGGGAGAGGAGUUUAGGGGGUAAUUGACUAGAGACUGGGAGGGAUAAGAGGGUUUUUUUUUUUCUUCUCUUAUGUAUUUAUAGUACUGACAGAGAAGACACAGGAGCCAGUAACCUGAAGUCAACCCGUGAAGCAUUAAAACCUUUGGGUUUCUUUAUUGUGCAAAUUAAGUUACAUUGAUUCUGGAAGGCAGACUCAGACACUCUGCAAAGUAUACAGAGAGAAUAGCCUCUUGUAAUCACAGGUGUACAAAGACUAAUAAAACAGCCCAGACGUUGUUUAAUCACACAGAACACAAAUUAAGUCUGCUUAUUCCUGCCUGUAGAGGGGCCUAGAAGGUUCUGAAGCUAAUAAAUGCAUUUGAGAGAAGUGUGUCAUUUCAAUAGUCUAGCUGCAGGAGCAAAUAGAUUCUGAAUAUUUCACUGGAUCACAGUAAAACUCCAGUUUGCUUUAACUAUGGAUUUAUCCAUUCUCCUGGCAAAGGUUGCUUUAAAAUGGAAUAAAA